CCCCCCCCCCCCCUCCGUAUGUUUUUGUUGGGGGAAAAGUUGUCGGUAGUUCGGUCGUGUGAAUGUAGCGUGUCGGUCGGUUUUCGCCCCUCGGUUCCAGGGGGAAUGAGAUUUUUGUGCAUUCGGGUGAAGUCGGACACGGGUUUUUGAGAAGACUUUCACCGCCUUCCGACCUCCGGCUCGGACUGAAAACCUUGGCGGCCGUCACCGUCUCACCUCCGCCGUUAGCCACCUAGCUAGCUCCGCUGCACCGCUAGCUAACAGCCCGACAAAGUGAACGCUACCUCGCCUCGCGCAAGUGGGCUUCCUCUGGUAACCUCCGGCUACAAGGAGCAAAAAAAACUACCGCAGAGAUGGCGGAAACCAAAAUAAUCUAUCACAUCGACGAAGAGGAGACGCCGUAUUUGGUGAAGAUUCCCAUUGCUGCCGAAAAUAUAACUUUGCUGGAUUUUAAACAAGUCUUGAACAAACCAAACUACAAGUUCUUCUUCAAGUCUAUGGACCAGGACUUCGGGGUGGUGAAAGAGGAGAUCUCCGACGACGGUGCCAAGUUACCAUGUUUCAACGGCCGAGUGGUGUCAUGGUUGGUAUCGUCAGAUGCCCCGGCAGCAGAGGCUCCGGUGGCUGUGGUUCCGCCUGUGGAAACGCCCCCCCAGCCUUCGCCCCCACCGCCGCCCCUGCCGCCCCCGCCCGCUGAGAGAACCGGGGGUAUCGGAGACUCCAGACCGCCCUCUUUCCAUCCCAACGCUACAGGCAGUGUGGAGACCUUGGAUGACCAGACUGAAACCGAAUCAGUGGUUUCCUUCAGGAGGGAAAGGCCUCGGCACAGGGAGAGCAUGGAGCAGCACGGGCCUCGGAUGAACGGUCAGAGCCGUCUGGAGCGUCACCUGGCAGGAUACGAGAGUUCCAGUACGGUGAUGAGCAGUGAACUGGAAACCACCAGCUUCUGCGACUCUGAGGACGACGACACCAUGAGCAGGUUCAGCAGUGCCACAGAGCAGAGCACGGCCUCUAGGCUUCUCAAACGACACCGCCGACGCAGGAAACAGCGUCCGCCACGUCUAGAGAGGGCAUCGUCCUUCAGCAGCGUGACCGACUCAACAAUGUCCUUGAACAUUAUCACCGUCACUCUCAACAUGGAGAAAUACAACUUCCUGGGCAUCAGCAUCGUGGGCCAGAGCAAUGAAAGAGGGGACGGUGGCAUCUACAUCGGCUCCAUCAUGAAGGGCGGUGCCGUGGCUGCAGACGGACGCAUUGAGCCUGGAGACAUGCUGCUGCAGGUCAACGACAUAAACUUCGAGAAUAUGAGUAACGACGAUGCAGUCCGAGUGCUGAGGGAGAUCGUACAUAAACCAGGGCCCAUUAUCCUCACAGUGGCCAAGUGCUGGGAUCCUUCUCCUCAGGGUUACUUUACUCUGCCACGCAAUGAACCGAUCCGACCCAUCGACCCGGCAGCGUGGGUCAGCCACUCGGUGGCCAUGACCGGGGCCUACCCUCCAUACCCAGGCAGCUCCUCCCUCAGCACCAUCACCUCCUCCUCCUCCGUCACAGAGACUGAACGUUUUGACGAUUUUAAUCUAUCGCUCCACUCCGACAUGGCCUCUGUCGCCAAGGCCAUGGCCUCUCCAGAGUCGGGUCUGGAAGUCAGGGACCGCAUGUGGCUAAAAAUCACCAUCCCCAACGCUUUUCUUGGUUCAGACGUAGUGGAGUGGCUCUUCCACCACAUCGAGGGAUUCCAGGACCGCCGCGAAGCCAGGAAGUACGCCAGCAACCUGUUGAAGGCCGGCUUUAUUCGACACACCGUCAACAAGAUCACCUUCUCCGAACAAUGCUACUAUGUCUUUGGAGACCUGAGCGACUGUGAGAACUACAUGGCCAACCUGUCCCUGAACGACAACGACGGCUCCAGCGGGGCCUCGGACCAGGACACCCUGGCCCCCCUGCCCCUCCCUGGAGCCUCCCCGUGGCCCAUGAUGCACACCUUCCCCUACCAGCCCUACCCCACACACCCCUACUCCAGCCAGCCCCCGCCCUACCACGAACUGACCAGCUACAGCUACGCCCCGGGCAGCACCGGCAGCCAGCACAGCGAAGGGAGUCGGAGCAGUGGGUCGACCCGGAGCGAGGGCGAGCGGCGUCGCAGCAGUAAAGGCCCCGGCAGCACCAUCGGUGGGGGAGAGAAAUCCCCCUCUGGCGGCCCUGGAGAAGGGGGCGGGGCCGACUCACGCUCCGGCAGUGGUAGCGAAUCGGAAUACUCGACUCGCAGCAGCCUGCGGCGCGGCCACGGUUCGGCUGCCCCCAGUGAGCACAGCCACACCUCCCAGCGCUCACACCACCACCGCAUGCCCCAGCCCCCCCACAUGUCCCCCUACCCCCCGGGGAUCCUGCCUUACAACCCCAUGAUGGUCAUGAUGGUCCCCCAGCACCCCCACCCCCAUCCCGCCAUGGCCACCGCCCACGCCCUCCCGCACACGCAGCAGCUGCCCACGGCGCCCAUGCACCCAGCCCUACCCCCGCCCCCUUCCUCCACUCCGGGGGGGCCUCCCGGAGCUCCGCCCACCCGUGACCUGGGUUCCGUACCCCCAGAACUGACGGCCUCCCGCCAGUCCUUCCACCUGGCCAUGGGAAACCCCAGCGAGUUUUUUGUGGACGUCAUGUAGUGCCCGCGGCGACCGUGGACACCACCUCGGUUUGGACCGCGGCGGAGGCGGUUGGAGAACACAAGGGCCGAUUGGGUUGAAGGCACUUGUUAAAAGAUGUUAGAAAUUUGGUGAGAACAGGGUUAAACAUCGACUAAAGAAUCAAAACACAAUCACUGUGGGAUAAGAUCUGGACGAUUGUGUCGACGAAAUUUCUCUGGCAUUCACUACAAAACACACAGUCACUUUUCCAGUGGUUUUUCUACCUUUAGUUUUAGACGAGAGCGGCAGAAAACUGUGGAGCUACGUCACCAAAACAAGCCAACGGACUGGAAUUCACCAUCAAAUACAGGGCGGUUUGACAGUAAACGACUCACACCACACACUACAGUCAAACACUCCAGCACAUCCUGCAAGUACAGAAAUAUAUUCCGACUCAAACUGAUAAUGUCACAGUGACUUUUAGCUCAACGUCUCUACUGUUUGUGCUGAUGAAGUGUGUAGUUCUGCCAGAAUGCUUCCUCUUUUACCUUCAUUUACAGACAUUCUAAUACAACCCACUUUUAAUUUAAACGGUUUUAUCUUAUUACCGCUCAAAGCUGAUAGGUAACAGUUGUACAUUCAUAGAUGCUCAGGGAUACUUGACUGGUCUGUAAACACAAGUAAACUGUUUUUUUAAUUUGUUUUUAAACAUAGAAGCCACUACAAUAUUGACAUUUCUAAGCUGAUUUAAAUCAAAUGUUUUUAUUGGCUUUUUAUUAUCCGUGUGGAGGAAUAACGUACAAAAUUUUUAGACCUAAACAUGACUCAUUAUGUCAUCUCAGAAUUUUUAUAAAGAAUUUUUGUCCAUAAAAAAAAAAGAAAAACGCAGAUUGACCCUAUUCCUGUAUAUGUUCACGGGUCCUUAACUGUGUACUAUUUUUAUCCUGACUGAAUUAUUGCAUCUUUUCCACAUAUAUUUGUCAAUUUAAAGAUGCUUUUCCGAGCGAAUAAAGUGUGAGUGAAAAUCCCUAAAUCUAAAGACUACACAUCAUCAUAGACGAGCAAUAUCUGAAACUGCCUUUCCAAACUUAGCAUCAGCUGUUUUUAUUGUAUGUAUGAUAUGUGAAUUCAUGUUUCUAAUUAAAACAGACAGCUAUAAAUGUUAAUAUCACCAAAGAUGCAGGAAAAAAACAUAAGAGGACAAAGAUGAAAAUGAAGCAAAAUUAUUCUGUCCUAAAAGACACAAAUUACCUAAACAACAUAAAUGUCACAAUAUAUAAAUGACACAACAGGUAAAUUAGAGAAAAGAUGCAACAAAAAUGCAAAAAAAAAAAAAGUAAAAGGUACAAGAUAAAAAUAACACAAUGUGAAAAUGAUGUAAAAGAUGCAACAUGAAAGACAAAAAGUGUCUCCUGAUUCAUUUUCACUUCUUUAAUACAUUUUCAUCUCAAUCUAGACGUUUGAGGUCAAAUGUUCUGAGAUGGCGUCCAUUUUGGUGUUGACGACGUCGAUCACGUGUCUCACACAAUUCAUUCAGCUAAUACGUAACUAGAUGUUUCUUUACUGUCUUUACCACAAAAUACUAGUUUCUUAAUUGAAAAAAAAAAAAAAAUUACCUUAGAAUUGGCAAGUGUGUGUAAAUGGAGAUUUGAUAGAUAUUUUUCUCACUUGUUAUUGAUUUAUUUUAUUCUUUUAGGUCCCAAACGUCGUAUUUACACAGAUUUAUCAUCAAACUUAAUGAGCAUCAUGUAGAUUUUACGAGCAGUGUCAACCUAAAACAGACCUAAAUACACUGUGCUUCUCCUUUAUAAUGUCUGAAAAUAAACUAUAAAGGGGUGCAAUACUUGGCAGAGCUUAUGAAUUGGUUCAGAGCGCCACCUGCUGUCAAGGAGGUCAAAUGACUCAGAACAUGUGAGGAAAGUAUCAGCACAAAUAAUAGGAUUGAACCAAAAACCACCUUUUAUGGGUCUUUGUUUGCUUUAUAUUUUUGUACUUCUUAUUUAUUUCUGAACUGUCGCAUUUGUUGGACUGGUACAUUUCAUUUUUCUCAAACCACACUGUGUUUCUUAGUGAAUUAUAGGAUGUUUGAUUAAGAUAUGGGUGUCAAACAUACGGCUCGCUGGAUGAAAUUAUGAAAUGCAAUAAUUACACUUAAGAUAUUAAUCAUUUUAGUUCAAUCUCAGUGGGUUAGAUCAGUAAAAUACUAUUAUAAUACCCUAUAAUUACUGACAACUUCAAGUAUUUGUCUUCGUUUUAGUGUAAAAAAAAAAAAAGUAAAAUGACAGGGAAAUGUUUACAUAUACAAAAUAUACUUUCACAAAAAAAGUGAAUAACCUCGACAAGUAUGAACAACCUGAAAUGACUUUAAAAAAAAAGUGUGCAAUUUUAACAAUAUUCUGUUUGUUACAAAAUGUUUUUUGUAUUUAUAGAUCAGCUGUGAUCGGUAUGUUAUAAAAUACAUGCGCAAAUGAGAAGCUGAGACUUAAAUUAUAUUAUUAUGAACUUAAAUCGCACUUAUUUUUUUAAAAAUAAAUUUCAGUUUAUCCGUGUUAUUCACAUUUUUUUAAAGGAUAGUUUGUAGAUGUAAACAUUUUCAUAAUGUAAUUUUACUUUUCUUCACUCUGCAACAUAGAGAAAAGUUUGGAGUUGACAUUAUUUAUAUUUGAUUGUGUUGUUAUUGCACUGGCCCCGCCCACUUCAGAUGUGGCCAAUGAACUAAAAUGAGUUGAAUCCGUUUUAAAUCUGCUCCGAAAUCUCAGUACAACAUGUUUUAAGUGCCUGUCAAAGCUGCUCAGCACACUGAUGUUUUUUUUUUUAAAUUUUUUAUCAGAAGCGCAGACGAACGCCGACACUAAUAGGAUUGGAUCCUGCCUACGAUCGUCACGGCGGCAGACGUGUAUAUCGAGUGCCUUACACUUUUACAUUUUAGACAUUUUUACACUCCAGGUACAUACGAAAACUCAUCUUGUUUGACAAUGAAACUCUGUGUAUAUAUCUACUACUAUUAAACCUACAGAACAGACUAUAAUGUGAAAACAGAAUAGGUCCAAACAUGUCAGGUGAACAUGUGUGUGUGUCUAGUGAUCCUUGUCUAGGUGGAAGUGUCCGAUAUCUGGGGUUUUGGUUUAAUGGUACAUGUAGGCGACCACAUAAAGAGGCUGAACGCGGUACUUUCUGAUUACGAACAUUAAGUAACUGUGACCCAAACACCCCAGCUCCCCCCAUGCUUAUUUUUAUGUUACUGACUCGCAUUAUUCACCCAUUUUCAUUUUUGUAUGAGUGACUAUAUAAAUCCUGUAUAACCGAACUACUAAGGUGCUAAAUGAAGAGUCAACGGUUCAGAAAGAAUGACAUUGACGGUGUCACAUUGUUUGAUUUCAUAUUGCCACCUUUGUUUGUGUAUUUGAGAAUAAAUUUGAUACAAAC